CUGUAGGCAACAACUCUCUCUCUCGCCCGACAACCCUUCGUGCGUGCACUUUUUCCCUCCCAGGGCAGUGUGACUGUUUGUGUAUGUGCGCGUUUAGUGUCUCCGCGCCAACUACGAGCUUCGCCGUUGCAGGCUAAUUUUUAACGUUUUUCCCUCUUUUUUAUUAUUGUUGAACAAUGAAAUAAUAUGUGGUGAAGGAGAAAGACGGUUACGAGGGGGGGCUUUUAAUUGCUGAUGAUUUAGAACGCACACACGAGAUCGCUUCCGGGAGGUUGUUAACGUUGAAUUCAAGCCUUCGUUACCGCAUGUGCGCUACACCACGGGCUGCGGCCCUCCAUCGAGAGGGAAUAGAUCGCGAGAGUGGGAAGCACGAGAAGACCGGAAGCUGGAGAAGCCUCAGCGAGUCGUGGGCAACGAGAUUAUCUGAGAAGCUAGCGAAAAAAAGUUCCGAGUAUCCUUCUUCCUGGAGCGCUUUGGACAACGAUAAAAAGUGCACAAACGUUGGUGACUGAGCUUACGCAUUGAGAAACGCGAGGGGGAGUAAAAAACUCAUAAAAUCGAAGGAAUCUUCGUUGCCGCGAGAAGUACAAUGAACUCGUACGUGCGGGGAUUCGCCAAGGAAUUGGGAAUUUGCUAUUCGCCUCACAAAUUUACGAAAUCGUCGCGUUCGAAUUCGCAAUAAAUUGUGAAACGAAAAGAUCGUAAAAUUGCGUGUAAAUUCCGGCGGUGCGAGGGAGCGUGUUUCUGAAUUCAUUCGACGAGGAAAAAGUGCGUGGACCGAGUGAAAAAAGGUGUCGAGAAAGGAAACUUCCGUUGCUAAUAUUCGAUCGCGUAAAUUCGGAAAAUUAUCAAAUCAAAUCUCGAGAAGCCGACGAGCUUUCAAGAAUUUUCAAAAACACUGUCAAAUUGCCCCCGCAACGAAAAUGUCCCUAAAAAAAACGAAAAAUUACGAUUUCUGGUUUUUGUGAUCACCGAAAUCUCGGCUAACGAGGGGCCGUUCAAUCGCUCGAAAUUAGCGAAUCUGCGGAGCCCGCAAACUCGUGAAACCAUUUGUAAAGCCCCCCAAUGAUCGGCCCGAACAUUCAACUUACAUAAUAGAGCAGCUCCCCGAAGAUUUCAUCCCCCAUAAAGCAGCCUCGUCCCGUAGCUUCGCUGCUGAAGCAGCGAUAACAGCGUGCAGCCAUUGAUGAGAAUCACUGAACGCUCAACAGAGUCGCCACCCUCAGUGAAAAUCCUGGAGAAAUCGAACUAAUUUUCUCCCACAUUUUGCCACUUUUUCAACCGAUUAAUCAACCACUCACAAAAUGUCUCGCGGCUUUCGUGACACGAAUUGACGACGAAUUGCCAGUGGAAAUUCACGCGUGUUCCGCGCCCGCGCGCUUCUCCAGUCGGUUUACAAACUUCGAGGAGCAAAGUUAACCCGAAAGCCUGCUCCCAACAAAUAUUCGCAAAAGUUCAACAAAGUGUCGUUCGGACCAUGGGCUGCGAACUUAGCAAACUGUCGUCCUCGGCGAUGCAGAAUCGAGGCCGGGACAGCCCACCGCCACCGGCUGCAGUCGAUCCCAGACUACCCUUAACAGCUAAACAAAGAUACACGGUUAUUGCGAGCUGGAGGGCUGUUUCGAGAGCGAUGGAGCCGACGGGGGUUUAUAUGUUUGUCAAAUUAUUCGAGGAUAACGCCGAACUUCUAAGUAUGUUCGCAAAGUUCCAAGACCUUAAGACUAAGGAGCAGCAAGCGACGAGCAUGGAGCUCGCGGAGCACGCCAAAACGGUGAUGAAGACCCUCGACGAAGGCAUUAAGGGGCUCGACGACAUGGAUGUGUUUCUAACUUAUCUUCACGAAGUUGGAGCAUCCCACACCAAAAUACCUGGCUUCAAUAGGCAAUACUUUUGGAAAAUCGAAAUGCCAUUUCUGGAAGCGGUUGAGCGUACCCUGGGUGACCGAUACACGGAAAACGUGGAGAACACGUACAAGCUGACGAUAAAAUUCAUAAUCGAGACGUUAAUAGACGGCUUUGACAAAGCCCAGACCGACAAAGCGAAAUCCUAGUCUCCCGGAGCAGCGUUGUAAAGAAAACAAUAUGUUAAACGCACACUGAAUCAACUGUGCGCGGGGACUGGAGUGUGAAAAAGGCGAAAUAAAUAGCGUCAAAGUGUGUUCAAAGGUUCGAGCACAUCGACGAGUGUGUUCAUAUAGAGACGAAAAAGAAAGUGAUUUGGGCCCUCCUCGCGUCCCGCGAGCAACAUUUUUAACGAUUUCAUUGUGCGAGGGUCGAGGAUAAAAUAUCCCGAGGAUAAAAUAUAGGAAAAAGAAUAAAAAUAAAUCACUUUAUUCAAAAUCCACGAUGAUGAAAAGACUAAACGGAAAUUUACGAUGUAAGAACAAAAUGUCAAGAUCUCGCUGUAAAUGUGUUCCACGAAUGCGAUAUUUCACAGUCGAGAACAGUGAACCCCGCGAUUCGUGGACUGAAUGUUUUUUCGUUCCCUUUUUCUAGUCACAUCCUCAACGGAUAUGAAUAAAUAACCCAUGAAAUUGUGUCAGUAUUUUGUCUUCUUACUUAUUUGUUUUAUGAAAAAAUUUCAUUGUCGAGGACACGAAAAAAAUACCAUUGUUCAUCGUUGAACUGGCCAGCAUUUGAUUUAUUGCCAAUCAUGCCAACGUGCACUUUGAGUGUUGACUUAAUUCCUAUUUUUAAUACCCAUGUGAUAUGAUAUAGUUGAGAAAAAAAAAAAAAAAACAAAAUUUAGUGUAUUACUUUAAGGGAAUAAUAAUUAAAUAAGAAAUUGUAUGAAAUUUCUUCCUAUAAAUGCAACUUUUAAUAUUAUUUAUUUAUUUUUUCAUCCGAAUAAACCUAGCGUAUGAUUUACGAGAAAUUCAUGAUUUUUUACCUUUUUAAAGGGGAAGCAAAAAAAUGUGUCAUAAAAAUAGACACGAAUGAUGUAUUACAGUCACACUCGAAAUUGCUAAAUGCUCGAAUCCCAAAAAUCUGUCGAAUCGUUAAAUGUACGCGGAGACGCGCGUCAAUGCACAUGUCAAUAAAAAUAACCAGCAUUUGUCAA